AUGCAUUCCCUCCCAAGUCCCCCUAUUUCCGACACAGGCUCGCGAUGGAAGCCCGCCAUCGCGACGGUGAGCCUGGGAGCGGCACAACUCCAUCCCAUAGUUUCCAAACUCGACGCCGCAGCACUGAAUGGCCAACAGGGGCUGGAACUCUUUCAUGACGACCUUGCACAGCUGGCUCAGACCCUUCGAUUGCAAGGAGCUGAGGAUUCGUCACACACCGAUCGAGACUACGAGAUCGACGCAGCGCACGUCCUCCGCGAUCUAUGUGCGGACCGUGAUCUGCAAGUCUUGGCUCUUCAGCCAUUUCGUCAGUAUGAGGGCCUCCGAGAUCGAGCCCAACAUGCACAGCGGAUCGACGAAUUAAAGCACUGGGCUCAGCUUUGCAUGAUCCUGGGCGAUUCGGUUUUCAUCCUUAUCCCAUCCUCCUUUUUAGAUCCCUCGGAGAUCACCGACGACCGCGAUCAGCUCGCCGCCGACUUGGCUGAGGCAGCCGACGUGGCGUUUCCGGUACGAAUUGCCUACGAGGCACUGGCUUGGGGAACUUAUAUCAACACCUGGGAGGAUUGUUGGGAUGUGAUUCAGCGGGCCAACCGGCCCAACCUGGGAAUUUGCUUGGACACAUUUAACAUCGCAGCCAGGAUCUGGGCCGAUCCCUUGGACCCCACCGGACGUCGGCCCGCGCGUGCCGACCAACAUCUUCAAGAAUCCAUGACUCGGCUUGUGCAGGAGAUUGAUCCGGAUCGGGUUCUGAUGGUUCAGCUGGCCGAUGGAGAGCGAGUUGACCCACAGACCCCCUUUCUCUAUACACCUGGAUUGGCCACGCUUCUGGCAUGGUCGCGGAAUGCGCGUCUGUUCCCUUGCGAGGAGGAUCGGGGUGGGUAUCUUCCCAUUCGUGAAGUCACCGAGGCCUGUAUUGCGGGCCUUGGCUACACGGGAUGGGUCAGUAUGGAAGUCUUCUCGCGCACCCUUGGGGAAGACAGCCCCACCGUUCCCGGUGAGCACGCAUCGAGAGCAGCUCGAUCCUGGGCAAAAGUGCUCAAGAUUCUGGAUGAGCAAAAGGAACCAAGACAUGUCUCUGGGAUGGAAUGA